AUGGUGUCCAGCAAGUUUUCUCUCGUCGCCACGGCUGUUGCAGCCCUAGCUCCCCUGGCCUCUGCUUUCGAUGCCUCCUCUAGAUCCAACCUUGCCAUUUACUAUGGUCAAGGUCCUAACCAGCUCCGUCUGAGGCACUUCUGUGACGAGACCUCCUUGGACAUCAUCAAUCUUGGAUUUAUCAACUAUUUCCCCGAUAUGAGCCCUGGAGGAUGGCCGGGCUCCAACUUUGGCAACCAGUGCGACGGUUCCACCUACAUUACUACUAAUGGCGUUGUAACCAAGUUGCUGUCCGGCUGUCAUCAGAUCAUGGAGGAUAUUCCCUACUGCCAGGCGGCUGGUAAGAAGGUCCUGCUGUCCAUUGGUGGUGCCUAUCCCGCAGACCAGAGCAUCCUCUCCCAGGACACUGCCGUCGCCUUCGCAACUUUCCUGUGGGGAGCUUUUGGCCCAGUCGCUGAGGGUUGGGAGGGUCCUCGUCCCUUUGGGAAUGUCGUUGUUGAUGGCUUCGACUUUGACAUCGAGCACAAUGGCGGUUUUGGCUAUGCCACUAUGGUAAACACCUUCCGUCAGUAUUUCAGCCAGGUGCCGGGCCGCAAAUUCUAUCUCUCGGCUGCUCCUCAGUGUGUCCUCCCCGAUGCCCAGCUCGGUGAUGCGAUCCAGAACUCCGCCUUCGACUUCAUCUGGAUUCAAUACUACAACACCGCUGCUUGCUCGGCCAAGAGCUUCGUCGACAAGACUCUCGGAACGUUCAACUUCGACGCCUGGGUGACCACCCUCCAGACGACUGCCAGCCGCAACGCCAAGCUCUAUGUUGGUCUGCCGGCUGGUGAGGAUGCUGCCAACGGGGGUUACUACCUUACUCCUGCGGAGGUGGAGUCCCUGGUUUCCACCUACAUGGCCCGGUACCCCGAGGUCUUUGGAGGUAUUAUGCUUUGGGAGGCUACCUCAUCCGAGAACAACGUGAUCGAUGGCUCCACCUAUGCCGACCACAUGAAGGAUAUCCUUUUGGACUGUGACCCGAGCCCUCCCGUAACCUCCUCCAGCGCUAUCCCGUCGAGCACUCCGGUGACUUCGGCCACACCUUCGCCAUCAAGCAGUGCCAUUCCUUCAAGCACCCCAACUCCUUCCAGCACUCCUGCCGUCUCUGUGACCCCGACGCCUUCCAGCACCCCUGCCGUCUCUGUGACCCCGACGCCUUCCAGCACCCCCACUCCUUCUAGCACCCCUCUCAUCCCUGGAACAUCUGCUUCAAGCAGCCCUGUUUCCUCAAGCAGCCCCGUUGCCUCAAGUACUCCUGUUUCGUCCAGCACCCCGGUCAUUCCCGCUGCCUCGAGCACUCCUGCUUCGUCCAGCACCCCGGUCAUUCCCGGCGGCUCUUCCUCUUCUAGCCAGCCUGUCGCUUCGUCGACUCCUCUAAGUACCUUGACAUUGACAGUUACGCCUACGCCCGUGCACAGCUCAUCCUCCGCCUCCGGCACUCCCUCUACGAGCAAGCCUGUCAACUCCAACACUUCGUCGACCUCUGGACAGUCCAGCGCCCCUGUUCCUUCCAGUGCUCCUUCCAGUGCUCCUUCCACCGGCUCUACGAGUGUCCCUGGCACCAGCUCGGGUGCGGUCGGCCAGUCAGGCUCCAGCUCCACCGGUGUGUCCAGCUCUACCAAGAGUGACGUCGGCACUUCCCCAUCGCAAACAGCCGGCAACGGCAGCGGCAGCGGCAAUGGUAGCGGAUCGACAACCAAUACCGCUGCGACGAACUCCAUCACCGCUGUGCCUACCGCCAGCUCUUCAGUCGCCGCUACUGGCGCCAGCUCAGAGCCUGUGACCAUCACCACUGUUAUUGUGACUUCCUAUAUCGAUAUCUGCCCUACCGGCUUCACCACUGUGACCACUACGUACACAACCACAUACUGCCCGGGUACUAACACUGCAACCGCCACGGCCACCGUUACAAACCCUCCAUCUGGACCCGGUGGACCCGGAUCGCAAACCCCAGCUCCCACUGUUCCCGAAGGCUGGACCACCACUGUGACCGUCUGCACUCAGUGCGCUGCUAAGCCAACCACCGUGACGUUGACGCUGCCUGUGACUACCACCAAGACUGAAACUAAGUCGACUUCGACCGGUGUCGUGCCCGCACCCCCUGCCGCUACUGGCGAGGGAUCGAACCCCACCCACCCAUCAGGUGCUUCCCCCACCGGUGGUGCCAGCGGCUCUUCUGAAGGAAGGGUUCCUCCCCCAGCAGUGACUCUGGUCAGCACGAGCACCGACAUCGUGACGGUGAUUCGUCCCACUUCGAGCCGCCCCGUGAUCCUCGGUACUGGCACUGUCCGCCCUUCGUCGACGCUCGCCGUUAAGCCAUCGUCCAAGCCAUCGGGUCAAACUUCCAGCAGUGGCACUCACGUGCCCGUUCCUCCUAGCAGCACUCAGGAAGGUGUGUCGCCCUUGUCCACCGGUGCUGCCUCGCGCGUGGCUGGAUUGGGCCAUGGCUUGGUCCUCACGGUUCUCGCCCUGUCCGCGUUCCUCGUCUUGUAA